GGGUGCGUUCACUUGUUUGUAAACUUCCUGGAGACGCUGCUGUUGCUAGCGUUUUAGCUAGCCGUUUGGUGAUUACAGUAAUAGAUUAAAUCACCGAAUAUCUUAAAAACACUCGUGACGUUACGUUAGUGACGUAAUUUAAGUUACUAAUCGCUGUAUGUCAGCGCGUGUGUGCCGUUAAAUCCGGUGUGUUUACAGGUUAGUGACAGCGGGGAGCUAACGGUGCUAGCUGGCUAACGUUAGCGACAACUUGGUAAUAAGGAGCAGCAGUCAUGAUGGCGUCUAGUUACAACGCCAAAGACGAGGAUGGACACAUCACCGUGUCCGGGCCCGGCGGCGGGACACUGCGGAGCAAGAAGCCCGAAAACACCGCGUUUAAACAGCAGAGACUUCCCGCAUGGCAGCCGAUCCUCACCGCGGGCACCGUCCUCCCUGCCUUCUUCAUCAUCGGACUCAUCUUCAUCCCCAUCGGCAUCGGCCUGUAUGUAACGUCCAACAACAUCAAGGAGUUUGAGAUUGACUACACAGGAGUGGACAUGUCCAGUCCCUGCUUCAACUGCUCCCAGAACUUCAGCUGGAACAGCACAAGGCCGUGUACCUGCACAAUACCCUUCUACCUGGACCAGCCAUAUGAAAACAAUGUCUUCAUGUAUUACGGCCUCUCCAACUUUUACCAAAACCACCGUCGCUACGUCAAAUCAAGAGAUGACAGCCAGCUGAAUGGAGACCUUGAAUCCCUCAUGAAACCCAGUAAGGAGUGUGAGCCAUAUGCUUACCAUGAGAACAAGCCAAUCGCACCGUGCGGAGCCAUCGCCAACAGCAUGUUCAAUGACACGUUGGAGCUGUUUUACAACGACCCCAACGGCACAAAGAUUCAGAUUCCUAUGACAGCAACAGGAAUCGCCUGGUGGACGGACAAGCACGUGAAGUUCAGGAACCCGACAGACAACGCAAACCUCACAGCAGUUUUCCAAGGUACGACGAAGCCGGUGAACUGGCGCAGGCCUGUGUACGAGCUGGACACUGACCCUCAGAACAACGGCUUCAUCAACGAGGACUUCAUCGUGUGGAUGAGGACCGCCGCUCUGCCCACCUUCCGCAAACUCUACCGCAUCAUCCCCAAGAAGAACAGCAUGGUUCCCACUCUGCUCCGAGGGAACUACACCCUGGAGGUCGUCUACAAUUAUCCCGUUCGCAGCUUCGAAGGCCGGAAGCGAAUGAUCCUGAGCACCAUCUCCUGGAUGGGAGGCAAGAACCCGUUCCUGGGCAUCGCGUACAUCACCGUGGGCUCCGUCUGCUUCUUCCUGGGCGUCGUGCUGUUGAUCAUCCACCACAAAUACGGCAACCGCAACAACAGCGCCGACAUCGCCAACUGAGACACCGGCUGCUCUCCUGCUCACCUCUGCAGCAGCAGAGAUCCUGUCUCGUGCAGGGACCAGAGGGACAGAUACAUUUCAAAAUGUAACAUCCACAGUUUAACUUCUCCAAUAAUCAAACAGGACUUUAAGUUUAAAAUCUCUUGACGACAGCUGAUUAUUUGCCAAAGUGGAUGGAAAAGUAGCCAAAUAUCAAAAUAUAUGUUCACAGAGUUUCCAUUCAGGCCUGGAAAGAUUUGAAAAGUGCUGAGAGAUUUAAUGAAAGAAAUUCUCAGUCUGGACUCAGUUAGGAUUCACACAGAUCCUGUGUGUUAAACAUUAGAUUUUCUUAUGUCCAUCUGAACGGAACGGUUUGACAUUUUUGGGAAAUAUGCAUCUGAACAUUGCUUGAAUACAGAGCUGAAAAAAUCCAAACUGCUUUUGUUUAUCUAACAUAUCUCCUCUAAGAUUAUAUCCUGGUAUCACAGUGAUAUCAGUUGUUAUCAGUUAAAUCUGAUAAAAGCCCAGAAAGAAUUUCAAAUCUUAGGAAAAAGAAGUUCUGCCCAGUUUGGGUUUCCAGACCUUUCCAGGCCCCUGCAGGACUAUGAGAUGCUGAUGUUGCAGUUAAAUGUGAGCUGGAGUGUUGUUUGUGUGAGUUGCAUGCUGGGUAACGGAGCUGUUAAUGUUGAUCCUGGAGCUGCUCGAGCUGCUCGUCUUUGUGCCUCGUUUCGUCUGUGACGUCCUGCUUUUAAACUAAAAUCAAGCUUUUACUGAGUCAUUGCACUUUUACAAUGUGCUGAGGAAGUUCCACAACAUGUUUGGAACCUGGGAGCCAUACAAAUAACAUGUUUUAUUUUUUGUAUUUAUUUCAAGAAUUGCAUUGUAAGGCCAGUAUUUGCACGCCAGACCUCAGGGGUUUUGAGUCUAAAGAGGGUUUAAAGUUUGCUGCCUUGAUUCGAGGAGGUUUAAGUCACAGGUGUGUAAAUCUACUGCAGGAACAUGCACAUUAACACGGUGUCGUAGCUUCAUUUGUUGUUGUUUACAUGCAGUAAUAAAAGAUUAUCAGUACAGCAUGACAGAACAGUAACAGUGUGAUUAGAUACGUGUGAUAAAUGUUUAUGUGUUCAACAUUUACACUAGAGUCAGUCUAAUGCACACAGGUAGUUUCACACUCACAUCCUGCUGUUUUCAUCUGAUAAUAAACUGAGAUUAUAGAUUAUAGAUUACAGAUGCUGCAUGUUAAAAUCUGCUGAGUAACUGUUGUGUUUUGUACUUUUCAUUUUGUUUUAAUACAUUUCGUCAAGAUAAACUGUCACCUGCAAUUCUGACAAGCACUGCGUUUGACAUUUCUUUUGAUACUUCAUCUGUGUCAUAUUGUUGCUUUAAAGAAUAAAUUUGUCAUUUAAAUGAAAA